UCUGAGAAGGAAAAUGGAAUAUGUGAUAGAUAUUGUUGGAGAACAUGGAAUCCCCUUUAAAGGAAUUUACAUAGAUCUGUACAUCACAGAGGGAAAGCAUGAAGGGGUGAAUACCCAACACGAGGUGUGGCAGCUUGAAUCAACUGCCAACAUGAAAUACUUCCAUAAACAACAAAUCAACUGCAGCGACAUCUUUGUGCCUUUGCAAGACCAAUGUAGCAACAUCAGAGGUGUAUUGACAGUGGGCAUUGCAGGAAUUGGAAAGACCUUCUUGUCCCAGAAGUUCAUCCUGGACUGGGCUGAAGGAUUGAAAAACCAAGAUGUGACUCUCGUGAUUCCACUCAUGUUCCGGGAGCUGAACUUAAUUAAAGAUCACCGGUACAGUCUGCUUGGCCUGAUCAAGCUCUUCUACCCGGCAUUAGAACGGGUCACAGCAGUGAAACUCACUUCCUUCAAAGUUGUGUUCAUCUUUGAUGGCCUGGAUGAAAGCAGAUUUCCAUUGGACUUCCAGAGAAAUGAACUUGUCUCUGACGUCACGCAAAUAGCAUCAGUCGACGUUCUGCUGACAAACAUCAUCAUGUCCAAAAUGCUCCCUGCUGCCUUCUUCUGGAUAACCUCCCGACCUGCAGCUGCCCAUCUCAUUCCUCCUAAGUAUAUUGACAGGGUGACGGAGGUGAGAGGGUUCACUGACCCACAGAAGGAGGAGUACUUCAGGGUGAGAUUCAGAGAUGAGAAGCAAGCAAGCCAAAUCAUCUCACACGUCAAGACAUCACGAAGCCUCCACAUCAUGUGUCACAUCCCAGUCUUUUGCCGAAUCACUGCUGCAGUUGUAAAGCACAUGUUGAGGACUGACGAGAUUCGAGACCUGCCAAGUACCCUGACUGAAAUGUACGCCCACUUCCUCAUUGUUCAGAUAAAGAGGAAUAAGCAGAAGUUUGGCAGGGAACAGGAAAUGGAUCAACAGAAGCUGAUGGAAAAGGACAUUGACUUUCUUCUAAAACUGGGGAAGCUGGCAUUCGAUAAUCUGGAGAAGGGCAACCUCAUGUUCUAUGAAGAAGACCUAAAAUACUGUGGGCUUGAUGUCAGAGAGCUAUCUGUAUAUUCGGGGGUGUUCACGCAGAUUUUUAGAAGGGACUGUGUGCUCUUUGAGAAAACACUUUACUGUUUUAUCCAUCUAACCAUUCAGGAGUUCAUCGCAGCUGUUUACAUGUUUCACUGUUUCACAACCAAGAAGCAGGGUGCACUGAAACCAAUACUCGGGGAUAUGUUUCCGGAGGUGUCACACUUGGAAUACUUUCUCUGGGUUGCCAUCCACAAGGCCUUGGAAAGCAAGAAUGGGCACCUAGACCUAUUUGUUCGCUUUCUCCAUGGUCUUUCACUUGAGAGCAACCAGAACCUUCUGGCAGGUCUGCUGGCUCCGUCAAAGGACAGUCUGGAGAGGGUACAGAAAGUGCUCCAAAACCUCAAGGAACUGCAGGUGAAAAACGCUGCCCCUGAGAGAUCCAUCAACAUCUUCCUCUGUUUGGUGGAGAUGAAGGACCACUCGGUACAUCGGGAGAUUUCGGAGUACCUUGGGUCAGAAAACCAAUCAGAGAUUGAGCUUUCUUCUGUCCACUGCUCUGCUCUGGCCUACAUGCUGCAGGUAUCAGAGGAGGUCCUGGAUGUGUUUGACCUGAAGAAGUACGUCACUUCCUCAAGGGAGGGGCGUGUGAGGCUGAUACCAGCAGUGAGAAACACCAGGAGAGCAAUACUCUCUGGCUGUGGGUUUGCGACAGAAGAUAUGUGCGAGAUAUUGUCUUCAGUCCUGGGCUCCGACCCUACCCAUCUGAGGGAACUGGACCUGAGUAACAACCACCUGAUGGACUCGGGGGUUUUGCUGCUGUCUGCUGGGCUGAAGAGUCCACACUGCAGACUCAACACCCUGAGGUUGUCAGGCUGUCUGGUCACAGAGAAAGGUUGUGUUUCUCUGGCCUCAGCUCUGAGCGCCAACCCCUCCCAUCUGAGAGAGCUGGACCUGAACUAUAACCAGCCAGGAGACAUAGGAGGAAAGCUGCUCUCUGCUGGACUGGAGGGUCCAGACUGGAGUCUUGAGAUACUGCAUGUGACCCACACAGGACAACAAUGGAUCAAACCUGGGCGCAGAAAAUAUGCCUGUGAGCUCACACUCGAUCCAGACACAGCCGAAAGCCCCCUUUUAUUGCGGACAGACGGAAAAAAGGUGACGCUGAGGGGGCAAUGUUUGACGGAUCACCUCCAGAGCCAUGACGUCUGGAAGCAAGUGCUGUGCAGAGAGACCUUGGCCGGCCGCCAGUACUGGGAGGUGGAAUGGAAAGGUCAGGUUUUGAUAGGGGUGUCUUACAAAGAGACCAGCAGGGAAGGAGAUGACCAGCGCUCCAAACUGGGAAACAGUGACCAGUCCUGGAGUCUGUGUUGCUCAGAAUUCAACUACACCGCCAGCCACAACAGCAAGAGGACAGACACGCUGGUCUGUCCCUCCGACUGUUUUAGGGUGGGAGUGUAUGUGGACUGGACUGAGGGCAUGUUGUCCUUCUUCAGGGUCGGCCCCAGCUCACGAACACACAUACACACCUUUCACUGUGCUUUCCGAAAGUCACUCCAUCCGGCGUUUGGGCUUGUGCAGCCUGCAGAGAUAACUCUGUGUCCCGUUUCCAGUACGAGCAGUUGAAACAUUUCAGAAAGUGUUGGUGCACUACAGUUUUAUCAUCUCUCCGCCCACCCCACCAUUUUAAGAAAUGCCAUGAAAUAGACUUUUUUCAUAAACAUGGCUGACGUAGUUCUGCUUCGUCAUAGAAGGGUACAGAUCAGUUCUUUCUGUUGCCUACACAGAAAAAGAUACUAUGAUUAUAGUGACUAGUGCAUUUUAAGAUCGACUACUACUGUCUUGAGACAUGCUCAAUAAUCCAGGUAAGAAAAUCAAAGAAGGUUGAAUCGGUUCAUCUGGAUAUGUUUCAUCAUUCUUUGAUACUACUACUGCUACUACUAAUAUAGUACUACUACUACUACUGC